GUCAAGUUUAGGAUAGCUCUGUUAAUGUCAAGUUUAGGGUAGUUCUGAUGAUGUCAUUUUAGGAUAGUUCUGUUAAUGUCAGGUUUAGGAUAGUUCUGUUAAUGUCAAGUUUAGGACAGUUCUGUUAAUGUCAAGUUUAGGAUAGUUCUGUUAAUGUCAAGUUUAGGGCAGUUCUGUUAAUGUCAAGUUUAGGGCAGUUCUGUUAUUGUUAAGUUUAGGGUAGUUCUGAUGAUGUCAUUUUAGGGUAGUUCUGUUAAUGUCAAGUUUUAGUUUUAUUGACUCUAAAAUAAUUUAUAAUCUGCUUUUCAGGUUCAAGGUAGAGAAAUCAUUCAAAAGUUUUAUCCAAAUGGAACUCCAUUUCUGAUAAUAUUUCCUGAUGGAACUGGAAAUGUUUUUUAUCCUUCUGGAAGAAUUGCUAUUUUAAUCACCAGUGUGACACUAGGACAGAAUACUUAUGUUGUUCUCGAUGAUAGUACAGAAUCACAGAUACUCGCAGUCUUGGAUGCAACUGGUUGUGGAACUUUGCUAUUUCAUGGGAUGGAAAAAUUAGGUUAAAUUAUGAUCAACAGGUCGGAAUUGAAUUAGAUUUUACUGGGUCAAGAAGAAGAUCUUGGAUCUGGAAGGAUCAUGAAACCCACGUCCAUGCUCCGCCUUUCCAGCCCAUAGUUUUUGGCAUGAACUACUUUCUAAGUGUUCGAGUGAUGUCACAGGAGAAUAUAGCCUUAUCCCUAACUGGAAAAAAAAGAAGCUGUAGAUUUAAUGUAGGCACCAAAUUAAAGAUGGUGAUGCCUGAGAAUUAUCUUGACAAGUUCAAUGAAUAUCAACUUUACAUAGAUGAGCAUAAACUCCACAUUCAAAGUUUAAUGAUCAAAGUCAACAAUUUAUUGAAGUUUCCCAAGUCUCCAAAACUGGACUCAAUGUUACCUCCUGUAUCUCUAACAUCUAAACAAUUCAAAGUCAAUCAGAAACGACAACAAUUGAAUUCCUUACCUCCAAGAAAUAAAGAAAAGAGAAUAACAAAACAGCACAGAUUACCUCCCUUAGACCAGACCUCUGUCAUUGUAAAUUAACUAAGGACUGGAUGCUCCAAAAAUACAAUGUAGAGAAUCUUUUCUCUGGAGUCUGUGAGAACUCUAUUAAACAGUCUAAGUUUUCAAUAGCUUCUAAAGUUACAUAAGUUGAAAAUAGUCUCUUCUUGAAAAUGCAUCAUUUGGUCACUAUCUGACUAGUCUAAAAUGAGACCAAACAUGUUAUUUUGUUACCAGUUUUAACUAAUGCUUUUUGUAUUUAUUAUGAAACAUAUUAACAUUUUGUUUUUAGUAAAUUAUUUCAUAUAAAAAAAUAUUAAUUUUUUUGAAGAGCUACAUUGUAUAUAUUUUAAACUCAUGUUUUUCUUGUCUAAUUUACAUUAACAUUUUUUUAUUUUAAAAAUUCAUUCCUGUUUGUUUUUGUUUUUUUGAUUCUUUAAAACCUGUAGAUAAAGUGCUUUAUUUUUACCCAGUGACAUGGACACAAAAAAAAAGAUUUUUUUAAAUAAAUAAAAUAACUACACACUAAGUUCCAUCAGUCAAAGAGGAUGUGAUAUUUUGUAAGCUUUAUGGCAUAUAUCAGUAUACUUGUAUUAGGAAAAGUAAUUUUUUCUUUUUUUACUUCUAAGCAGCAAAUGUUUUGCCAUGUGGAAUAUCUUGAAAUGUGACUAUAUAAUAAAUUUAUUGUUCAAUG